UGCAAUGCAAUGCAAACGCGAGUCAACUCUUUGAACAAAAAGUGAAACAAACAUUGAUUUGGUUUUGUUUGCCAUUCAUUUGCCAUUCAAUCGAUUCGUUCAUUUGCUCACAAGUCUCGAGGUAUGGAUAAUCCCAUUGACAUCACUGUCACCGAAGAGGACACCACACUUCCGCCACAACAAUACGAAUACUUGGACCACACGGCGGAUGUCCAAAUCCACGCCUGGGGCACGUCUUUAGCCGAAGCCUUCGAGCAGUCGGCGGUCGCUAUGUUUGCGUAUAUGACGGAAAUACAGACCGUCGACUCCACCGACACCCACGACAUUGAGGUCGAGGGCCACGACCUCCAGUCGCUGUUCUACCAGUUUUUAGACGAAUUCCUCUUUGGCUUCAGCGCCGAACCCUUUUUUAUCGCUCGGAAAGUAAAGAUUCUGGAGUUCGACAGGGAGGCCAACAAAAUCAAAGCCAGAGGUUAUGGCGAGACCUUCAGUCUGGAUAAACACCCGCAG